AGAGUGGAGACUCGGGGGAAAAUAAAAAAUGCCAGCUCCCAAACACCACCUCAGCUCAGACCAUCGACAGUGAAAUCCACGCCUUCGUUCGAGACACAGGGAGCGAGAGGGAGGGAGAGAAGACUUGUUGUAUCACUUUUUGCUCACUCCUACUAUUGAUCUUUUUUCCUUUUUUAUUUGGCGCCUCGGCUUUGCUGCUGCCCCUUUCCACGAAGGCUACGGUGAUGACCUCUUAGAGUCUGCCGACCAUCACCAUCUUUCUCUCACGUCCCGCUCACUAUUCCUCGUCUCUGUCUUCUCCUCCUACCAUGGCUUCCCAGCAGCAGUUAUCUGCCAUAAAGGGUGCGAGAGUGCUUAUGGUCGGGGCAGGUGGUAUCGGUUGCGAGUUGCUCAAGACUCUUGCUCUCUCUGGCUUCCAAGAUAUUCAUAUUUUAGUUUGAGCCCCGACUCCUCAGUUCAGCACAGGAUUGUCAAGCUUGACAUGGUGGGAACUCCUUCAUCACUUACUGUUAUUCUUUCUUCUUUGCCUCCUACAUCAUUUUUCUUGUGCAUUUGUUAAUGCUAAUUUGCAGAUUGACAUGGACACCAUAGAAGUGAGCAACCUCAACAGACAAUUUCUAUUCCGGCAAUCACAUGUCGGGCAAUCCAAGGCCAAAGUUGCUCGGGAAGCUGUCUUAAAAUUUAGGCCUCACAUAAAAAUUACACCAUACCAUGCAAAUGUCAAGGAUCCUGACUUUAAUGUGGACUUCUUCAAGCAAUUUAAUGUUGUUCUGAAUGGACUUGACAACUUAGAUGCGAGGCGACAUGUGAAUCGCCUAUGCUUGGCAGCUGAAGUCCCUUUGGUUGAAAGUGGAACAACUGGCUUCCUUGGACAGGUAACUGUACAUGUGAAGGGAAGAACAGAGUGCUAUGAGUGUCAGCCAAAACCUGCCCCAAAAACAUAUCCUGUCUGUACCAUUACCAGUACUCCAUCAAAGUUUGUUCACUGUAUUGUUUGGGCAAAGGACCUUCUUUUUGCAAAGUUAUUUGGAGACAAGAAUCAGGAGAACGAUUUAAAUGUGCAUUCUACUGAUGCUGCUAGCUCAUCAGAACAGGCAGAAGAUGCAUUUGAACGUAGGAAAGAUGAAGACAUUGAACAAUAUGGAAGGAGAAUAUAUGACCAUGUGUUUGGUUAUAACAUUGAAGUAGCAUUAUCCAAUGAAGAGACAUGGAAAAACCGUAAUAGGCCAAGACCUGUAUAUAGUAGGGAUGUUAUGCUCAAUGGACUGGCUCAACAGAAUGGAAAUAUUUUUGGUGCAACAGAUGACCCGUCAUCAGUAUCUGCUAUGGCAUCUCUGGGAAUGAAGAACCCACAAGAUAUAUGGAGCCUCAUGGAAAAUUCUAGAAUCUUUUUGGAGGCUUUCAAACUAUUUUUUGUGAAGAGGGAGAAGGAAUUUGGGAACCUGACUUUUGACAAAGAUGAUCAGUUAGCUGUGGAAUUUGUGACUGCUGCUGCAAAUAUAAGGGCUUCUUCUUUUGGAAUCCCUUUGCAUAGCCUUUUUGAAGCUAAAGGUAUUGCUGGUAAUAUUGUCCAUGCUGUUGCAACAACAAAUGCUAUUAUUGCUGGGUUGAUUGUAAUAGAGGCAAUCAAGGUGCUGCAAAAUGAUACAAACAACUAUAGGAUGACAUAUUGUCUAGAGCAUCCAACAAGGAAGAUGCUGCUGAUGCCAGUGGAACCAUUUGAACCUAACAAAUCUUGCUAUGUUUGUUCAGAGACACCACUAACGCUCGAGAUCAAUACUCACCGUGCUAAGUUGCGAGACUUUGCUGAAAAGAUUGUUAAGGCCAAGCUUGGGAUGUACUUUCCACUUAUUAUGCAUGGGUCGGCACUUCUUUAUGAAGUUGGUGAUGAUCUUGAUGAAGACAUGGUAGCAAAUUAUGCAGCCAAUCUUGAGAAGGUGCUGUGUGAGCUCCCUUCUCCAAUUACUAGUGGGACGACCAUCACAGUUGAGGAUCUAAAACAGGAACUUACUUGCAAUAUCAAUAUCAAGCACAGAGAGGAAUUUGAUGAAGAAAAGGAACCUGAUGGAAUGCUCCUCUCUGGAUGGACUCAAUCUUCUUCGGUGGAGAAGGAUGAUAACAAGUCUAUUGACAACGGUGGGAGCACAUCAAAUGCAUCACAAACUGUGCCAGUUGAUUCAGAAAAGAAUGAUGAGAUGGGAAGUGUUUCUUCUGGGAAGAAAAGGAAACUGUCUGAGGUUCCUGAUGCUGCUGCUCAAGAUUUUUCAAGUGUUGCUGAUAGUGAUGGAAGUAGAAAUCAUAAGAAAUUAGAAUUGGUUGAUGACGAUGAUGACCUUCUCAUGCUUGACGCUGAUCCCGGCAUUAACAAGAAGAAAAGGUUGCAAUAGUCCUUGCUUGGGCUUGAUUCUCAGGGGUGCAUCUUACAUCCUAAUUUUGUACGAUUAGGGAGAUAUGGUGAUUCUUUUGGUGCUCAUAAUGGUUGUUUUAGGUCUCAAUAUUUAGUCUUUUGCUCGAGUUAGACACAAUUAGUUGGUCUCUCCAUUCCCUUGUAUGGUUUACAUGGUAGCAGCGACGUGUAUUUUCCUUAGCUAAAUUAACUAAAGGUUAGUUGGACUGUAGCAUUGAUGGAGAUUGACCCAAACGAACUCGGUGAUUGACUUAAUGACCAUAAUGUUACAACUUUCUCAGGUGCUAUUUGAGACUUUCCUUUUUUAGGAC